GCGAUUGCUCCACCUACUAUCCAAGAUCAUGACCCUACAGGCCUCUCGUCGGGGCCCAACCGUCGAGGCUGCGGACGGAGGGGCCGUCACGCUGACGAUGUGACGGCCGUCCCAUGAGACGAAACUUUGGCCGUCACUAUUCCCACCAGCCGCGCUCAGAGCAUGCCGCAGCGCUGCGCCCCUCCCAGCGCAGCAGGUCUUUGGAGCCUGGCUUCCAAGAGAGUCGAACGAAUUCCAGGCACUCCUUGCUCCUUCCCGUGGCCCUGUCGCCCGAGGGACCACAAGGCUCUCCCAGCCUUUGGAGCAGGACCUCCAGCCGACAUCCGGGUCUUUCACGCUUAUCCCUGCGGUCAGUCACUCCAAUGUCCCGACUCUCACGGGAGAGCUCACGCGCUGAGGAUGGUGAGGUGCUCCGCCGUACCAUGCCCUUGGCGACCUUCCGCCGGGGCGACUGGCGGGAGGAGGAAGCUGGCAGCCAAUGCAGAAGUCAAGGUCGAGCUGAUGGCAGUAUGUCGCGCAGCAGUCUGGUGUCAGAAGACAGCAUGAGCAGCAGGAGCCGGACAAGUCUGCAGAAAUGGAGAAGAAAGCUCAGGCAAAGCAAGUCAGCUCGGAGCAUGGACAGUUGUAUGCUGAAGGUGCUGUCAGAGUCCCAGCCAGACUUUCAGGCGCAACGUGUCGUGGGCUACUCCAUGGAACUGGGUGAAGAUGAUUAUCAGGUGUUUGCUGAAGGUCUACUCCAUGGCAGUCUGUUUGGUGCCGCCUGGGGCGAGAGCGAGCUGCUCGCCACGCUGGCGUCCACCGUGGAGCUCUUCACCUUCAACGCGAACGAACCGGUCGGACGAAAGGAGGCACCUCUUUGUCACAUCUUCGUGAUCCGCGAUGGACAGUUCUUCUUGGCACAGCGGACCAGUGAACGGGCGCCCAUUUGCUUGGGCGUUGGUUGCGUCUUUGGCGAACUGGAGCUGUUUCAGCUCGCGGGAGACGAAAUCAGCGCUGGCCCUGCUGGUGGGACAUGCUUUGCCAUCAGCAAAGAGUCUUUCUUAGAUGCGCUGAAGAAGAUGACGAGGAAGGCCUCCUCGGAGGUCUUUCAGCUUCUACUCGGCAGUGAGCUUUUCCGGUAUUUGGAUAGCUCUUACGUGGCGAUGCUCAGCAAAUGCAGCUAUAGCAUGAAGUAUCAGGACAAGGCGUUGAUCCGAAAGGAUGGAAUUGACCCAGACUUUGUGUACAUUGUGAAGUCGGGCAACUUGAUCGAAAGUGGACAACUCCUUUUGACUCCUGGCGAUUGCGUUUGCCGACGACCUGGGGCUCCUCUACAUGCGGAGGGCGAAGUGGAAGUCCUGGCUAUACCGGUGACCUCGCUACAAAGCGUGAUGGGUUUCCGCGGACACGACUUCCUUUGGCGUUGCGAGCUGCUGCACAUCUUGCGCAGCCGCUGGUCGCACCACUUGAGCUUCGGCCCAUGGAUGGCGCAGCGUGGGGAUCCGGAAGCCUGGGCGCGCGCCUGUGUGAUCCUGACCCUCCACGUGGAGGUGAUGCAGGAGUUUCUCAGAAGCCACAGCUCAUCCAUCCGUUGGCUCAUGCUGCUGGACGGUGCUCACAAUGGUGCUCACAUCAAGGUGGGCGACCAGGUCCUCCACACCGACGCCGAGAUCUGGAGCCCCGGCGUGCUUGCGAUUGAGCCUCUCCCAUCGAGCAACAGCGGCUUUGCCUUGGGCUCUUCCUCAAACACUGUCACAAUUGCUGUGCUGCUGAACGAUGCGAUGCUGCCCGGCGAGGCGGGUGCGCUGGAGGAGAAGUUGACCUUGGUGAAGCGUGUGUUUCUCUUCCGCACCUUAGAUGACCGGGAGCAACAGUUGCUGGCAGAUGCCAGCCGACUGGUCUCCAGGAGAUGUGGAGAAAUGGUCUUCCGGGAAGGGGAGAUGGCCUCCCAGUGCUUCGUGGUGGCUCAGGGAGAGAUGGCCCAGUCCAAAGAAGGCCGGGUGAUGCGCACCUUGGGAGCUUUCAGCAGCUUCGGCGAGCAAGAGUUGCUCAGCCAACUCCCAAGAAACUUCUCGGUUUCUUGCAAGACAGACACAGCAACAUUGAUGGCCAUUGACAAGAUGGUCUUCGAGCAUGUGGUCAAGGAGAGAGUCUUUGCCCAGCUACAGGAUCAACUGCAGCUCCGGCGCGUGGACAUCCAUUUGGACGACCUCCAAGAGAUCUCCACCUUGGGAUAUGGCACGUAUGGCAUUGUCCGCUUGGUGGAGCAUCAAUCCACGGGAGCCAGGUACGCCCUGAAGUGCAUCAGUCGAAACGAGGCGGUGGCCCGGCGGCAGCAAGCCAGCAUUUGCGCCGAGCGUGAGAUUCUGACCGAUGUGGAUCACCCUUUCAUCCUCAAGCUGGUGCGGACCUUCAAGGACCACAGGAAUGUCUACUUUCUGACCGAGUUUGUGACAGGCGGAGAGCUCUUCAACGCCAUUCGAUCCUUGGGCAUCCUCAGCGGAGUCCAAGCCAGGUUCUAUACGGGCAGCUUGAUCUUGGCGCUACAAGCUCUUCAUGAAAAGAAGAUCAUCUACCGAGACCUGAAGCCCGAGAAUGUCUUGCUUGACAACUAUGGCUACAUCAAGCUCAUUGACUUUGGCUGUGCCGUGCGCUUUGAUCAAGGCAGCCAUCGGAGCUUGGUGGGGACGCCACAUUACAUGGCGCCCGAAGUGAUCUUGGGGAAGGAAUACCACUUUUCCUGCGAUGUUUGGUCCCUGGGAGUCUGCUUGUACGAGUUCGUUUGUGGACCUCUACCCUUCGGCCAAGAUUGCGAAGAUCCCAGACAGGUCUUUCAAGACAUCCUUCUCUCGAAGCUGUACUUUCCAGAGCAUUUCAUCAACACCCCAGGAAAGCAUCUUCUCAGGUGCCUUUUGCGGAAGAACUCCCGACUGCGCAUCGGUGGCGAGCACGGCCUCCAAGAUGUGCGGGAACACGCGUACUUCCGCAAGUUCAGCUUCACCAGGCUUUUGGGCCGCAAUUUAGAGCCUCCCUUGGUCUCCAGCAAAGAAGUUCCAAGUGAUGAGGAUGUGCCAUCCUUGACACGACAGGAGACUCCCCACCGCCAGGAGACUGGGGGGGACGAGAGCUUCCCGGAGGAUGAUUGGGCGGCGGAGUUCUGAGUGGCCGGAGGGCGAGAGGAGCUCCACAUGUAACGGU